AUGAAUAUUGUAGAUCAAUUGUAUGCUAGACGUCCUGUAGAAACGUUAAGUUUUGAUUCUGAAACUGCGUUUGAGACUCUAAGAGAUCAAUUACUAGAGAUCAAACAAAUCAACGCAUAUUAUGUUAAAAAAGUUUUAAAACGAAUCAUUGAUUUGGGCCUAUAUAUAGACGAUACGGAUUGGAUUUAUGAUGAAUAUGUGACGUUAUUGAAUGUAACAGACAAAGAUCAAUAUUCUCAAAUUGAUUCUAUACGAUAUUUUUUUAAGAAUAAAUAUGAGAUUGAUGGUGAUAGAAUUUAUGUUGAUAUUUAUGAGAAACCGAAUUUAAUUAGUGCCAGUGGUACAACAGGUUUUAGAACAUGGGAAGCUUCACUAUUUUUAUGUGAAUAUAUUUUACAAAAUGAAAUUUUAUUUAAAGACCAAAAUAUAUUAGAAUUAGGUUGUGGAACAGGUAUCUGUAGUAUAUUAUUAGAAAAGAUGCAAUACCCUCAAAAGAUAUAUGUGACAGAUGGUGAUAGUGAAUUAAUUAGUAAUCAAUUAGUUCGUAAUUUUGAAUUAAAUAAAAUUUCAAGAGAUAAUAAUUCAAAUAUUGUAUUACAACGUUUAUGGUGGAAUGAGGAUAAAAUCCCAAAUGAUAUUGAUAUUGUUAUUGGCGCAGAUAUAACAUUCGAUGCAAGUUUGUUUGAUUCUUUAUGUCAAUGUCUUUUAGAAUGUUUAACCUAUUGUAAAAUAUGUUUAAUAUCAGCUACUAUUAGAAAUCAGGAUACAACAGAUAGCUUCAUUUUAACCACAAAGAAACUUGGCAUGAAGAUUGAAGAAAUUUCAAGAACUGAAACACUAGAAAAUACAACAUUACUAGCUCCAGUAGUCAUAUACAAGAUAAGUAAAUAA